ACGGCGAGAGAGAGAGAGAGAGAGAGCUCCUCUGAUAAAUCCUACAGGAGCAGUCCAUCCGCUCCGAAGGUGGGAGGGAGAGAGAGAGAGAUACAGAGCACGGGAACAUCAGAGUUGGAAGACAGAGUUGUUCCUGGUCUUUGCACCCUGUGCUCGGAGCAGAUGGCAGCGCUCUCGUAGUGUGUUUUCUUCAGCUGUUGCAAGUGUCCCAGUUACCUGGCAUCCUAUCACCUUACUCUAAUCUGUAGGCUGAAGGCACCGUAUGUGCCGGAAGACUGAGAUGCAGAGCAUUGUGGGAACAGCAACCUGAGGAAAGUGACCAACUCACAAUUCUGGCUCCAGACAUUACCAUCCAUCCUCAGAAUUGUUGUUGGAUAACCAGACUGUACUCAGGAGAGAUUUUCUAGCAUCUUUAACAAAAAACACACAGGGCAUUUCUAUAGUCUGAGUGUUUAUGCUUGUGUUCAUGUGUGUGAAACCGUCUCGGACCUACGGGGAGUCCUGGAGUACUGUUACACUGAUAGCUACCCCUUAUGCAUGUUUUAUCUUCAGGGAGGAGAAAAGAGCCCUCCUUUGUCAUCUAAUACCGCUGUAGGCCACACAUGCUCCCAUCAUUUUCACUCACCUCCACCAGUUCAUCCUCCCAAACACCAUCAGGUGCUGGUAAUUGUGCAGCUACAGUAAAACAAGAAGAAAGAGUUCAAUCGAUCAUCAAGAAAGGACUCUGUGAAGAAAUCAAACACCUGUUCAGCGCAGGAGUGGAUUAUUCGGCUUUUGAUCAGACAAGUCUUGGAGGACUCGUGAUCAACUUAACACCUCAGUUUCCUCUUGAAUCUUUAACCCGGACAGCUCCCCGGUUAGCCUCUCACCUUUCCUGGUAGCGGGGAAGUAACCGUAGCGUCUCUGUUAAUAAUCUCACCGGUGAUCACAGAGGCAGGGGUGGUGAGCUCGGAGCAUGACGGACACCCUUCGACCGCCGUCCCUCCAGGUGCACGUCCCCCGGGACGAGUCCAGCCAUGGAGAGGAGGAGGGCGGUGGGAGCGGAGGCGGUCCCGACAGCCUCGUCUGGUCCAGCUCGUCCACCCCCACCCUGCGGCGCCGACGGUUUAAGAUGAGACGAAUGAAAAAGCUGCCCAGCGAGCGGGAGCGCCUUGAGAACGGGCUGCUGCGGCACCCUGGAUCACACUCGGCUUCCAAAGAGUACCUCCAGCUGCCCUCCAUCGAAAUCACGCCAUCCAGCGACGAGGACGCGGCCUGGUCGAACAGCUCCACCCCAAGCGCCUCGCCCCGGCGCAAACGAUUCCUGCUUCGAAAGUGGCUGAAGGUGCGAGAGAGGAAGAAGCAAGGCAGUGAGAGCAGCAGUCAGCAGAGUAGUCAACAGAGCAGCCAGCAGAGCAGCCAUGACGAUGAUUCCAGCCGAUUCCUGACUCCCUUCAUCCGUGAGGACAGCACAGCCAGUAACUCUAACAGGAGUUCCCCUGCCUGCUCUCCGGUUCUGCGGAAGCGCUGUCGAUCUCCGAUUCUGCAGAACAUCGAGACGGACACUAUGGUGGAGAAAGGCUCAGAGCAGUCCGACACCUCCAAGUCCCCCUCCACCCCUGAGCAGCUGGUCACUCGCACCUUCUCCGGCCAGUCCACACGCAGCGGGGGCAAGAACUCCAAGUCUCACAAGCGACUUUCCAAAUAUGACAGAUUAAACCUGAUUAAAAAAAGCCAGAGCUGGUACAACGUCCUCAGUCCCACAUACAAGCAGCGUAAUGAAGACUUCAGGAAGCUCUUCAAGCAGUUGCCGGACACAGAGCGUCUCAUUGUGGACUACUCAUGCGCUCUCCAGCGGGACAUUCUCCUGCAGGGCCGCCUCUACCUCUCUGAAAACUGGAUCUGUUUCUACAGCAACAUCUUUCGCUGGGAGACACUGCUUACUGUUCGGCUGAAAGACAUCUGCUCCAUGACGAAAGAGAAAACCGCGCGUCUGAUUCCCAAUGCUGUACAGGUGUGCACGGACACUGAGAAGCACUUUUUCACAUCGUUUGGUGCGAGAGACAGGACUUACAUGAUGAUGUUCAGACUUUGGCAGAAUGCACUGCUGGACAAGCCUCUCUGUCCUAAAGAGCUCUGGCACUUUGUACAUCAGUGCUAUGGAAAUGAGCUGGGCCUCACUAGUGACGAUGAAGACUAUGUGCCGCCUGACGAUGAUUUCAACACCAUGGGAUACUGUGAGGAGAUCCCAGCAGAGGAGAACGAGGUCAGUAAUGAUAAUUCAUCGAAGAGCAGCAGUGAGAACAAGCCAGACAACAGUUCUCCUCCGUCACACAAGAGAUCCAUCACACACUCCACCAUCACCUCCACCACACCUCCCAGCAGCACUGAUACACCACUGUCUUUUGAUAUUGCAGCUGAGGAGUACACAGACUGCCUUCCUGAUGGAGAUCUGCUGCCGCUCCCUCUGCUGGCUGAGGAGAGGAACAGCGAGCCGGCCAGUCCUCUGGAUCCUGUGCCACCACUGGCACUCGACUUCAAUUAAAAUGAGGUUGAUAUAAGAACUGACCUCAGUGAUUCCUCAGAGACAGAUGAUGAAGGGGAUGAGGUACAAGCUUUCCACGAGGAUCUAAACGGCCGCCAGUACAUUAACGAGGUGUAUAAAUUCAGUGUUGAUAAGCUGUACACCAUUCUCUUCACUGAGUCCCAGUUCAUGACAGACUUUAUGGAGCAGAGGAGAUUCACAGAUGUGGUGUAUCAGCCUUGGAAGAAGGAAAAUGCUGGAAAUCAGACCAGGGCCAUCAUGUACACAAUUUCCCUGACCAACCCACUGGCUCCUAAAACAGCUACAGUUACUGAGACUCAGACUCUGUACAAGGCCAGCCAGGAGCGAGAGUGCUACAUCAUCGAUGCAGAAGUCAUCACUCAUGACGUGCCGUACCAUGACUACUUCUACACCCUAAACCGUUACAUGCUCACGCGUGUGGCCAAGAACAAGUGUCGGUUGAGGGUUUCUACAGAGUUGAGGUUCAGGAAACAGCCAUGGGGGCUGGUCAAGGGCUUCAUUGAGAAGAACUUCUGGAGUGGGCUAGAUGAGAACUUCAAAAGCCUCGAACUGGAGUUAGCAAAGAUGGAGGACACUCUACUGGAAAGCCACAGACUGUCUCCUAAAGCUAAAGCAUUGAAGAACUCCACCCUAAGACGGAGAAAAAGACCCCCCGCCCACCUGCGUACAGCCCAUCUAGAUGAGACCCUCAGUCCUGUUACCACACCAACAGACGAGGAGGUCAUCCACCGCAUCAAACACGUGGCAGGUUCCACUCAGACAAGACACUUUCCUGAGCACACGCCAGGGGGCAGGAUAUUCUGCAACCUCUCUAAACCACUCCUCAUCAUCAGCUUUGUGAUCUGUAUAAGUCUGGUGCUACUGGUGUUUUUGAAUGUGAUGCUGUUCUAUAAACUCUGGAUGCUGGAGUAUUCUGCACAAAGCCUCUCCAGCUGGCAGGGCUUACGCCUACAUGAAAGGUACAAUAUGUGCUACAACUUCUUCACACCUACAACAAUACUGAGCCAAGACCCACCCACCAACAUCAAGAUCCAUCCACGAUGCAGUAAACUGCCAUCUACACAGAUGGAAUGGGCACAGCUCCUGGAGUCCCAGCAGCGCUACCACGACGCGGAGCUGCAGAAAUGGAAAGAGAUUAUCAAAUCUUCGGUACUGUUAUUGGAUCAGAUGAAGGAUUCCUUACUGAGCCUACAGAAAGGUGUGGGUCUACGAGAUUACAACUCAGACUCGGACGAGAAGAGAAGUCGAUAUCACUGACACUUACCCUCCAGGCCACCAGGGCGCGCUGUGCAAUGUAGAGCCACUUAUGAAAACAAAAGGCUAAAAACAAAGGGCCGAAAUGUGCGUGUAUGACUAUGCAUACCAAACAAAAGAGACACUUCAUAGAGACCAGAAGAAGAAGAGAUGGACCAGAAACUGCCUAGUGGACAGCAAACCCACAGGAAGUGGGGCCGUAUCUGUCCCGUGCUUUUGUGGGACAGUUAGAGUCCGAAUGGGCUCAUGACUGUUCCAGCUUUCUUUCAGGUUCUCUUUCUGAUGAUGUUACAGUUUGCAGAGGAACGUAACGGACCUGAGGAGGAAAAUGAAGAGCAUGCUUCUUUUUUUUUACCCCUCUCAGACCUCCUUUCUUUUGAAGUGUUUUUAUUGGUACAAACAGGAAAACGAUCUUUUAGCUUGGUUUUGACCUGUAACGGCACAGCUGCCAUGUCCCUUUUCCCGUUUGUGGGAGCUUUUCUGCAGGAAGCAUUAUGAAAUCUAGUUCACUCAUGCUGUAGUAUCAGGGCCGGUUUCCUUGAUAAUCCUGUGCAAGAAAUAGUUUCCGCCAAAGGGCCAUUUGCGCUAAAAUCAGAGAUCUUAAAUUUCUGUGAAGCGUUGAUCAUUAUGCUAAAGUGUUUUUGCACCAGAGAAAGAGUGUGAAAAGGGACACUGCAGCCAGGAAGAUGGAUAAAGUUGUUAGUUUUUGAUUACUAAGCUGUGAUAUCUCCUGAUUCAUUUGAAGAUGUAAGAAUAUGUUUGAAAUAUAUAUAUACUUUAUUCAAGAUUUAAUAUAUAUUUCAAUAUGUAGAGAGAUUGUUGCAGAUAUUUAUUGUUAAUUUAUGUAUAUAGAACACUUAUCAAAGCUCUAGAAAGAAAGAGUUUAUAAUUAUUAAACUGCGAUUUAUUCAGCGACACACACAAUCACGUUUGAGACGUGUCCGUGUGAGUGUGUGCGUGUGUCGUAAGUUGAUCUGUGUCUAUUUUGGUGAAUGUAAGAAUGUUCGUGUGAUGUUUUAAAUCAUUCCACUUGUACGUCUUGUGUCUUCCUCCCGGCACAUGAAGCCAAACUGCCUUUUUCUUGCCCAGCAGCUCAGUCCACUGGGCAUCUGUUUACACAUCCACCUGGCUUCAGGAAGCUGAGUGGUCUGAAAAUGACCAUCUCGGCUCGGCACGAAACCACACACACAUGCUUUGUCUGCUGUGGCAGCAUUCCUGUUUUUAUUUUGUCUGAGGUGAGAGUUUAGACCAGGAAGCACUCCAGGAACCGGCACUGGACUCACUGACUUCAUGUUUUAAUUUACCUGAUAGCCCAUAUUUUGUCAUUUUAAAUCAGUCAAAUAAAAGAAAGGUUAUGUGAGGUGAUAAUAUAAAUAAAUAAAUAUAUAUAUAUAUAUAUAUAUAUAUAUAUAUAUAUAUAUAUAUAUAUAUAUAUAUAUAUAUAUAUAUAUAUAUAUAUAUAUUAUAAUCUUUUUUUUUUUAAUAAAAAAAACAAUUAAAGAUGGUAGAAUUUAUUUAUAUCUAACAUGAAAUGCAACGAUUCCCUUUUUAUGCAGAGUGAGGUCAAUGUAAAAAAAAAUCUCAUGUGAGACGACAUGAAGAGAAGCGGCACUUUACAUCCAGGCGUUGAAGACGGAAAGCCUGAUGUAUGAAAUAUAUGUUUGCUGGCACAUUGCUGGUAGCAUAUAUAAUAAUAUUCCAGCUACAAAACACAUGGAAUUGUACUGAAUGUAAGAUGUUUUUCCCAGAAAAGAAUCUGCUGUAAUGUGAUUUGAAUCAUGAAUCGUGUUCCACAGUCCAACAGUUUUUGAUUUGGAUCUUUCAAAUCCAUCUUUAGUGUUGCUCUGAGCAGUGUUUGAAGCCGGCAUUUUAUUCCAGAACACAGUUGAACUACUGAGAUAUUUAAUUGCUUAUUCACUUUUCAGAAUCUCCCCUCAGUUAUAAUUCUUUUAUUUUGGCAUUAGAGUGCAUCUGUAUAGGUUGUUGGGUGUGUAUUCUGCAAUUUGGAUUUGAUCUCUCUUUUUUCACUAUGCGUGUUUACAGAACAGAUGAAUUGGUUGCUCAUGGUUUGGUAUUUUGUAACAGUAAUUGAAAAAGCAAAUGAAAUCACUGUCACAAUCAUGUUCACUGUGCUGUAUGUGUAUAAGUGUGUGUGUGAAUGCCUCAUGUGAAAUUGUGUUUAAUGCAUUUAAAACACCACCUGUUUUCUUCUGCUAUACACGAGUAAACAUUGCAAAAGUCCAACAGAGCAAAAAAUGUCAUUAACCUUCGGCCUGAUUGUUUUGCUCAUAUGCAGCGACUUCUUGUGAUGUAUCUGACCAAAGAUUUGAGUUUGCAUUUUUCAACUGAAAAACAUGUUGUCACUAUGAGAUUUGGUUAUUGAAAUUAUGCAUUUGUGAUCAAGUAUUCAGGCAACAGAAAGAUUGUUCAAAAUUAUAUUUCAAAUUUUCAUAUCAUACUCACUGCAUUAGACUCUGUGCUUUGAGAUUUUAGUGUCUACUGAUGUCAUUUGCCCUGUACCUGUGCUGUAGUUCCAUGAUCAACGUGACAGCUGUUUCUCACUGUCUCAACUGUUUUAUUUUCUUGAAAGUGUGCUGAUUGAUUUCCGCUGAUGUCCAUUUAUGGCCUCCCAUAACUUAACUGGUGUAGCAAUGACUUACUGUAUUUUAUUUUUUUUCUUCUUCUUCUUUUUAGAGCUGUUUUUAUCUCUAGAUCAGAAUGAAUUGUACAUGUUUCCAUAUGCACAGUAUGUAUGAGACAAUAUGUGCAGUGUUCACUGAAACGGGAAGCAGAGCUGUGCUGUGCACAGUUUUCCAUUCUUCCAACAACUUUGUCUAAUAGAGACUCUGAUUCAGUGGCUCUCUGAUCUAUGUAGACAGAUUACAAAUAAUAAUAAUAAAACAACACUGAGAAAAUAA